GCCUCCAGAGUGUUUUAUAAUAAUUCGAUGUUUUACUCCGGAAGCCUUGGUGGCAGUAGCUUAAUAGAUUUUUUACAAAAGCUGUCAUACUGGUGGUUGGAUGAGCGAAGAAAUAUUUUUGUGACGUACUUCCGCACUUGGAACCGCGUCCGGAACCGCGGAAAUUUGAAAAACAUUGCUGCUUGUUUCAUUAGUUUCAGAAUGGAGCCGCGGGUGGCGUUUUUCGCUAAAGUGCGUCAUUUAGUGGGACAUUUGGAGAAAGAAACUGCACAUCUCCAAGAUAUAACGGAGAACCAAAACUACGAUGACACCACUGGGGGAGCUUGUCUGUCAACAUUGCAUGAGCUGCAAUCAGAAGUAAGAGGGUUCAAGUCGCAGAUACAACAGGAACUCGUGAAAAGCCGAGAGGAGAGGGAGGAGGUGGUGAGCUUCAUACACACGUGGUCAGAAAAGAGACAACAAGUCAAGGAAGCCCUUGACAUAUUGGGCUGCUACCUGGAGCAAUAUGGCUACAAACCCAGACAUUUAAAACAGAAUCACCCAGCUCCAGGGACUGAACAUGCAGAGUCAGAACCUCAGUCUGAGGAGGGGGCAGAGGUUGAGGAAGAGGAGGAGGAGACUGAGGGGGAAGAUCAUGGCACAGAGGGGGAAGACCAAGGCGAGCAUCUGGAGCAAGAUGUGGACCCGGACGAGCUUACCCCAGAGAGGAUGGCCCCCUCCCUGUUCACCGUCAUGUGUACCCCGAAGCUCACCGACUUUGGCCUGUCAGAGCUGCACUUGCAGAAUAUGCUGAAAAACUACGGGGAGGCCGAGGAACCUACACCACUGGCCCCAAAGGGACUCCUGUCGCCGCUCUCCAUGACAACCAUGCAGCUUCCGAUGCCCAAGACGCCCAAGCGCCACCUGAAACUGGACGAGGAUGCACCCACCCCGCAACCGGAGGACUUUGGCAUCUCAGAGCACACCAUGUGCUUCAGCAAUGACUUCACCAUGGACCUUUUCCGCAAGCAGCCGCUAAAGCCUGCCAGCAAGCUGAACCCUAAUGGGCCAGUGGAAAAGGUUCCCCUGUUGGCGCGGUCUAACGCAGCACCAGCACCCUUCUCUCCCAUGGUCUUCAGCGAGUAUAUGGAUACCCCUGAAACACCAGAGAUCCGUACACCAGGAUUCAGGCUCAUAAAGAGGGCUUCUCCACGUACCCCAGUCCGGAGUUGCGACGGCAACAUGGAGUCCCCCCCGAGCCAGUCCAGUGAUCUUAUCUCCCCUGAACUCCCCACAUUUGAGACGCCUUAUUGUCGCAAACUCCUGAGUGUUAAAAAGGACAUUACAUCUGAUGAGUCGACCACACAGAGGCCAGGGCUGAGCAACCCUGUCGAACACCCUCCGGCCCUGGACCAUCGACACACCGUAUCCGAGGACAUUCCUGUGAUGCCAGUCAAACUGUGUGAGGAAGAGCUGCAGCGCACGCCCGAGAUGCCAACCUUGCAGUCCAUUCUGGGCCGCACUCUCCAAAGUAUGCAGGUAGAAACCCGUAGCUUCUCUAUAGUGAACAUGGGAGGAGAGCCAGCUCCUAAGGAACCUACACCUCCUGUUUUGGAUCUUCAGGAGAACCACACCCAGGAGUGGAACCUGGCCAGCCCACGUGUCAGGAUGGACUACGAAUCAGAAGCACGGACCCCAGAGAUGCCGGAUAUGAGCGCCAUCACCCAGGACAUCUUCAAACUGGUGUCUCAGUGCAACACUGAGAUGAAGUCAGCCGGCGUCCAGCCUCCCCUCAAAGCAGCACUGCAGGCCACAGGGACAGGAAAGGAGAACCAACAAACCAUACAACUUCAGAGCCUAGCGCUGGUGACGGAGAAGGAGUUCCUGGGCCUGGCCAGCUACCUCAGGCAGAUCCCCCUCGGAAAACUGAAUGAGGCCAUCCAGGAGAUGAACACCGCGCUGCACCAGCGACAGAAUGGUGAGCAUUUGGACCCAACAAGGUUCCUGAUGGACGAGCUGAGGAGCAUCACGGGCGUCGGGGCAAAGGCGCCCAUGUUCCUGCUGUGCCUGACGCAGCUGAAAAGAGUAGAGCACAUCCACGGAGCAGGAAACAGCGCCAUGUACAAGCUGAUCCCUUCACACACAUGAACACCCCCACAGCCCACUCAAACAGGCUUCAUUAACCUGGAUUGGGUCUCAACGGUCAUUUCAAUUCUAUCAGUUUAUGAUUGACGCUCAUUCAAGAUGGGUUGUUUGACAUCUAAUGUGUAUGUACCACAUACUGUGUUUUGGUCAUAUGCAGACAUAUGGUUGUCAUACUGUGUGUAUAUACAUAUUCUCUGUGUUAUCUGUCGUGUCAGCCCAAAAGAAGAGGCUGUAUGUAGUUUUAAGCAUGCCAUGUUCUUUUUCGUUGUGGACAAGAUAGUUUUGUCCAGUCAACCUUGUAGAAGUGGCAGGCCGCUGUUAAACUCUUAGAUUGCACUAGGUGGAAAUAAUUAUAAUCAUGUCUUUAUUUACUAUUUUUAAAAAUACAUUCUAGAAGACAGCACUUGCUCAGCCUUUGUCCUUCAUGGCCUUGUGUUGAUUAUGGUGACAUGAGAGAAGAGGUCAAAUGACAAUUUUGAGAUUCUACAUUUGUAAUGUAUAUAAUAACCUUUAAUAAAUGUUGUAUGCAAUGUU